AUGUCAAGAAUGUCUUCAAAAGUGAGAACGAUCUUCCACGCUGAUCCCACCACAGACAUUUCUUCACCAUACACUAUUUUCUCUACCCUGACUGCAGCUCAUGCCACUACUAUCGCCGCCCGCUGGCGCAAGAAAACGGUGGCCCUUCGCGCCAAAUGCCUUUCUCGCGCAUGGGCCACUGCGAACGGCUCUGCCGAUCUCGGAGUUGACAAUGGACGAGCUUUUGUACGCUUGUAUCAACUUAGAGCAGCUAGCCACCAAUCCCGCGACACUAUUGAACUUUGUUUGUUCACGCGCAAACUAUUCGGUGUGAUUAACGGAAACCGUCGGAGGAAGGGAAAGGUAGAGGUUGUCGUUAUCGUGGGUGACGAGACCGAAUAUGGGGUUUUAAAGACUUAUACCGAAGAGUCGAGGGAGUACACUGAGGGUAUCAAGAAGAUGCUAGUCGCCCCUGUGGAAGUUGAUGGGGCGUAUCUGAUGAGAUGGCAGAAGACUAUUUUAGAAUUCUGUCUUGCACUUGUCAAAGAUAUCAUUUCCCCUAUCGAUCUCAAGAAAGACCCUCCCAUAACUACGACUAUAGUUAUUAGUACAACAUCUAAGCUCCUCGAAAAUGUACCUAACUACUCUCACUUUGAAGAAGGCCUUGAUUCAUACUCUGCCUCCAUACUCCUCAGACCCUACACACUCCCACCCAUCACCAGUAUUGCAGAUACGUACAACCUUGCCGUCUCUCACCUCCGCGCUGCUGAAGACCAUUUGGACCUCCUACACACAAACUCAAACUAUUUUAUCGCUCAUGUUACGAAUCAACUCACCCAUCGGCUAGAGAACACACCGGCGAGGUCGCCUCUCACUAUCCAUGACGCUCUCCGCCAGAUCCUGUACAAUGCUAAUGCUUCAUCCCUCAUCUGGAGUCAGAUUUGCCUCGUCCUUGAAGACGCUGAGCUAGAUAACGAGUCCAACACUGAGCUUGCCAAUACUAUUAACCCCCUUCUCACCUUUCUCGAAGACCUUGAAAGGUCCGCACUUAAACUCUACUUUCUCACCGCCAGAGAAAGCAAGACCGAGAACGCGGUUAAUCACCUUCUCAUGUGUCUCGAUCCCACUAGUCCCUCUGCCUACUCCAACUGGCUCACGCUUCCUAGAAUUGCAAUAGAGAUCGAGCAUCUUCUCGCGGACACCCCGCUGCUCAAGCCCUAUGUCGACCCAUAUGUAAUGAGUAUCCUCUCUAGUGUUGCCGCUAUAUGUGAGGUUCGCGAAGCCGUAUGUCGAGUGGAUCCCUCCACGAUAGAGGAUAAUCAAGCUAGUACCAAGUUCGGAGUGACACUACAAGAGCUCUCACAGCUCUGGGAAAAGAUUGAGCUUGGUUCUUUCAGCGAUGUAUCGGGGCUACAGGAAUCGACGACUGGCGACGGGCUUAAAACUUUCUGGGGCCGCGUUAGUGUAGGAUUUGAGAAGCUCAGCGGGAAGACUAUGGGAGCGUGGAUCAUGAACAAGCAGGGACGUAUCGUAGACAUGAGAAAGAAAGGGAAAUGGCAUUGGCAGGGUAAUGUAUGGAUGUCAGAGAAACUAGAAUAUAUCGAAGAAUACAGGAAGGCAGAGGGAAAAUUACCGGAACUCGUCGGGAUCGCGGAAUGGGACGAUGUGGACGGGUAUGGGGCGCCGAGCCCUGUGCAUACGAAUGGGAGAGACUUUUCUAAAAUGAUAGAAACUUCUACUAAUAAUAAGGGAGAGGGAAGGGAUACCAAACGCAUAACCCCGGACGCAAACCCAGAUUCAAGUAAGAAAAUAUCGGUAAAUAAGCGCAUGUAUAAUUCAAUAAUGCGUUUAUCCAACGGUACUCCGGUGCCGUGGAAAGACUUCGUGCACCUCAUGACGAAUCUAGGAUUCACGAUGGAACAUAAAGGAGGGAACUUGGUUAGAUUAAUUCCAGCUGCCAAAGGAGAUGAAGCAAUGGUCGUGAAGAGACCACACCCAGAGUCGGUGAUGCAGAGCUUGGAGUGUAUGUUUACUUGGACAAGGCUAGAACAGUGUUAUGGGUGGAAGGUUGGGAUAUUUGAGAAGCAGCUGGGUACUACUGAGGUUAAGGUUGUAGGUUAG